AUGCUGCUGACGGUGCCGGGCCCAGGGGCCGUGAUCCUGGACGAGCCCCUCGACCCACUGUGUGUGUGUGUGCGUGCACAGGGGCGGCGUGGCACCGGGAGGAGGCGGCGGGGCCGUGCCCGAGGGCACCGGCGUGGGCGGUGGUGGAGGAGCCCGGCGGGGACGUCACGGUGCUGCCCGGUGCCACGUCUGCCCUGUCCUCCCUGCAGGUCCAACCGCGACUGCCAGAUCGACCAGCACCACCGCAACCAAUGCCAGUACUGCCGCCUGAAGAAGUGCUUCCGCGUGGGGAUGAGGAAGGAAGCCGUGCAGCGGGGCCGGAUCCCCCCCACGCACUCGAGCACCAGCCCCAACACCAUGCCCAGCGGGGAGUACUUCAACGGGCAGCCGGUGUCGGAGCUCAUCUCGCAGCUGCUGCGGGCUGAGCCCUACCCGGCCGCCCGCUACGGCUCGCAGUACGCGCAGCAGGGCAGCGUCAUGGGCAUCGACAACAUCUGCGAGCUGGCCGCCCGCCUCCUCUUCAGCACGGUGGAGUGGGCUCGCAACAUCCCCUUCUUCCCCGAGCUGCCCGUCUCGGACCAGGUGGCCCUGCUGCGGCUCAGCUGGAGCGAGCUCUUCGUGCUCAACGCGGCGCAGUCGGCGCUGCCGCUGCACAUGGCCCCGCUGCUGGCCGCCGCCGGCUUCCACGCCUCGCCCAUGUCGGCCGACCGCGUCGUCUCCUUCAUGGACCAGAUCCGCAUCUUCCAGGACCAGGUGGAGAAGCUCAACCGGCUCCAGGUGGACUCGGCCGAGUACAGCUGCCUCAAAGCCAUCGCGCUCUUCACGCCGGAUGCCUGCGGCCUCUCGGACCCGGCGCACGUGGAGAGCCUGCAGGAGAAGGCGCAGGUGGCCCUGACCGAGUACGUGCGCUCGCAGUACCCCUCGCAGCCCCAGCGCUUCGGCCGCCUCCUGCUGCGGCUGCCGGCGCUGCGGGCCGUGCCGGCCUCCCUCAUCUCGCAGCUCUUCUUCAUGAGGCUGGUGGGGAAGACGCCCAUCGAAACACUAAUCAGGGACAUGCUGCUGUCCGGGAGCACCUUCAACUGGCCCUACGGGACGGGGCAGUAGGGGACAAA